UUGCAGUCGCCGCCGUUUGAAUCCCCCUUUGGCCGCGUCCUGACGGUCAGCCAGGUCACCCAGGAAAUCAAGGAGAUCCUGGAGGAUUCCUACCCCUUGAUGUGGAUCGAGGGCGAGAUAUCCAACCUGCGUCUGGUGCAAAGCGGUCACGCCUAUUUCACGCUCAAAGACGCCAAAAGCCAGCUACGCACGGUCAUGUUUCGCUCGUCGGUGCGGCAACUGCCAUUCACGCCGGAGGCGGGCAUGCAGGUGAUCGCACGCGGGCGCCUGAGCGUCUACGAGCCGCGCGGCGACUACCAGUUGAUCGCCGAAGCGAUUGAGCCGAAGGGCGUCGGGGCGUUGCAAAUCGCCUUCGAGCAAUUGAAAGCGCGUCUGUUCCAGGAAGGGCUGUUCGACGAAGACCGCAAGCUGCCCCUGCCCGUGAUGCCCCAGCGUAUCGGCAUUGUCACCUCGCCCACCGGCGCCGCCAUCCGCGACAUCAUCCAGGUCGCGCACCGGCGCUCCGCCAACGUUCACCUGUUUCUCUACCCAGUGCGGGUGCAGGGCAAGGAAGCCGCCGGGGAAAUCGUGCGGGCCAUCGCGGCGCUGAACGCCUUCGAACCGCCCCUCGACGCGUUGAUCGUGGGGCGCGGCGGCGGCUCGCUGGAAGACCUGUGGGCGUUCAAUGAAGAGGCCGUGGCGUGGGCGAUAGCCGUUUCGGAAAUUCCGAUCAUUUCGGCAGUCGGUCACGAGACCGAUGCCACCAUCGCCGAUUUCGUUGCCGACCUGCGCGCCUCGACGCCCUCAGCAGCGGCUGAAUUGGUGGUCAAGAGCGCCGAAGAAUUGAGCCAGCAAGCCGGAGCCCUGCUGGCGCGCAUGCACAACGUGGUGCAGCACACCCUCAUGCGCUCGGCCACCGCCCUGGAGCAUCUGUCGUCGACGCGCCCAUUCCGCGCACCGCACCGCUUCGUGCAAGCGUGGCAGCAACAGGUCGACGACCUGAUGCUGCAACUCGACAAAGCUUGGCUGAACGACAUGCAGGGCCGCACCCGGCGCCUGGAAAUCGCCAUCAAGACACUGGCCCGGUCGAACCCGCAGUGGCGCUGGCAACGGCAGCACGCGCAUCUCGACAUCCAACGCCGACGCCUCGAGACGGCUACCCGAUCCUGCCUCAACCUGCGCCGUCAAACGCUGCACGGCCUCGGCGGCAAGCUACAUUCCCUCAGCCCUCUGGCCAUUCUGGCGCGCGGCUAUGGCAUUUGCCGCGACGCCGCCACGCAACAGCUCAUCACCCGUGCUGCGCCCGUGCAACCAGGGCAGCACGUGGAACUUGUUCUGCACGACGGACAACUCGCCUGCACGGUUGACGAUGUCCAAGAAAAAGAAGCCCCUCCGCUAGAAGGCGGGGUUGGGGAAGGGUAA